UUGGGUGCAGACAUAUGGAUGAUGAAUGAAGUGGAAAAAUCCGGGGAACCAAGUGUAGGUGGAGCACCGUCCCCGUAACACACGUCGGAGCUGCUGCAGCGGCUGCGCCUACCCUCCCCUCGGAAAGGCACCGAGAGCCAGCCUUGGACUGGUAUGGGAGAGAAAAUAAGCCGGUGGACCAAGGAACAGUGCAGUUCCCGGUAUUGACUGAUGUGUGAGGAAAAUAAAAUCCAUCUUCUUUGAUGGGGCAGUGAUGAAGGAAUUUUCUCUGAGGCGGCGAGCUCAUGUGUGGUGACCAGUGCCCUUCUUUCCCUUUGGAGGACCAUUGUCCCUGUGACUCUGCCCACUCACCUGGCCACAGCUGCCCCAGCUCCCAGGAGGCUGGAGAAGAUGAAGGCAGGCCUGGUUCUCUCCCUCCUUGGCUGCCUGGUGGUUCCAACUGGGGCUUACAUCCUGGGGCGCUGCACAGUGGCCAAGAAGCUCCGCGAUGGAGGCCUGGAUUACUUCGAGGGCUAUAGCCUUGAGAACUGGGUGUGCCUGGCCUACUUCGAGAGCAAGUUCAACCCCACGGCCGUCUACGAGAACACACGUGAUGGCUACACUGGCUUCGGCCUCUUUCAGAUUCGUGGCAGUGACUGGUGUGGCGACCGUGGCAGGAACCGCUGCCACAUGUCAUGUUCUGCUUUACUGAACCCUAAUUUAAAGAAGACAAUUGAAUGUGCCAAGACCAUCGUGAAAGGAAAGAAAGGGAUGGGAGCAUGGCCCACCUGGUCCCGGUAUUGCCGGUACUCUGACACCCUGGCGCGGUGGCUGGACGGUUGCAGGCUGUAGCCGCCUGCGUGGCCCCUGCAGCAACCCCCGGUUGCAUCUUGGGAAUGAUGGUGCUUCUCUGCUUGUUGCUUCAGUCAUUUCUGCUGAUGAUCUCGCCACUCAGUAGCUCCAGUUGGAAAAGGACAAAACUUUCCUUCAUCCAGGGAUGCAGGAUGCUGAAUAAACCAAACUGGGUCUUAA